UUCCCCCGGUCGACUGUCUGCCGUCCACGCGCUGCGACCUAACUGCGAUAGUGUUCGGAUCACCCACUGUCCACCCGGCCCAGCAGUUACAUAGCGCUAACGACAUGCCGCCCAAGCGCAAGACGACAGAGACGACGCCCAAAGCGCCUAAACAGCCUCGCAAAAACAACCCAAGAAACACACGGAAGCAGCCGCCACGACGUACGACCACAACCGUCGUCCCAGCGGUCACCACAACCCCGGCACCGGUAGUCACCACUUCACCCGUCGUCACCACAACACCAACCCCGCCCGUUGUCGUCACUUCCACUACCUCGACUUCAACUCUGCCCACGCCCGCGCUAAUCGACGCGGCGAAAACAACAACUCCUCCAGCUGUCACCUCCACGACACCGAUUUCUUCUGUCGUCACCGCUGCUCUCAGCGUACCCCCUGCCAUCACAUCAACAACGCAGACUGUUCCUGCUGUUGUCUCUGCACUGGCCCUACCUCCAGCCAACUUGGAUCCGCGACAGAACGCCCUUGCUGCCGCCAUUCUGGAUUCCCCGCUUCCGACGGACCUUCCCGCAAAUGGACAACCGCCCCAUACCAGUUCCUCCCCACCUACAACCGCCAGCCUUGAUCAAACCGUAAAUAACCUUCUCCUAUCGUCUUUAGCACCAUCCACUCUCCGUGCGUACCGCUUAGCCUGGCAACAGCUACGAACGUUUGCUCUACAGCUAAACGGACAAGACACCUACCCUCCCGUCCCUACCAAAUUAUUAUCCCAUUUCAUUGCAUCACUUCACCAAAAUGGGUCUGCCCCAGCGACCAUAACUUCAAAACUCUCUGCUAUAGGAUUUCUACACAAACUUCUUGAUCUUCCGGACCCUACACAAUCCUUCCUUAUCCAAAAGCUGUUGAUAGCCAUACGUAAACAUCGCACUCCAGACGGUCGAAUCCCCAUCUCACCAACUAUCUUAAAGUCGCUGAUUGAUUCUUUGCCAAUCCUGAUCGCCUCCCAUUAUGACCAAUUGCUUUUCAAAGCCAUGUUCCUAUUCGCCUUCUACGCAAUGACUCGUAUCUCUGAGAUCACAACGACCCCUAAUUCACAGCACACAUUGCACCUUGCGAAUUUACACAUACCCUCUCCCGCUGAAACCCAUGCCCCCAUCACGGUCACCUUCUCCACCUUCAAACACAGCACCCCCGGGCAACCUGCAUCUAUCGCUAUCCAACCUCAGCCAGGGAACUUAUAUUGUCCUGUAUCAUCCAUACUGGAAUACCUAUCGCUACGGGGGAACCGUGCAGGUUGCCUGUUUCUCCGUAGCGAUGGCAACCCCGUUUCUCAAUCCUACUUCACCAAAACACUUAAACGGUGUGUAACGCACGUAGGCCUAGACACGCACAACAUUACCCCUCACUCAUUCCGUAUCGGUGCUGCAACACACGCAGCACAACAAGGAGUCCCUGACCACCUGCUGCGCUCCCUAGGCAGGUGGUCCUCUUCAGCUUACGUCACUUACGUACGUCCCUAAACCCUUACGUUUUUAUGUACCCGUGCUGUUUGCACCUCUAACAUUGUAUUCUUGAAUUUAAUACUGUGAGUAGUAUAUUCUGUUUAUCUACUUGUUACAAAGUUAGCAUGUUGAAAUUCUGUGCUGUGUGCACCUUUCAAAUUGUAUUCAUGAUUUCAAUACUGUGUGUACUAUACCAUGCUUAUCUACUUUUACA